AUGAACCAUGGGACAUGUUUUUGGGUCGAAGACGCGUUUACGCCGAAGCUGCGCGUGAAGGAUGCCCACGGUGCAAAAAUCUCCAUCCAACAGUUCUUGCAGGCCUCGUUUCUCAACUCUUGGGAAAUGCUUGCCAAGGCCGUAGGAGACCUUGAUGGUGUAAUCGGCUUUGAGAUCAUGAACGAACCACAUAGGGGAUACGUAGAGCUGCAAUCAAUGCAAGGCUUCGACUACAACGCCGAUCUCCAUCUUGGACCCGUCCCGACCCCAUUGCAGUCUUUCACUCUGGGUGCUGGUCACCCCACAGAGGUCGGCGUCUGGACGCGUUCGUUCCUUAUACCUACGCGUCGCACAUCACAGGUCAUCCUGAACAAGGCAGAUCGGAAGAUCUGGUACCACGACGGCCCGACUGGCGAGCGGUGUAUAUGGGAGAUGCUCGGCAUCUGGGGCUGGGACUGCAACAAGAAGGAGGGCAUCGUUCCCCGGGAGAACCACUUCAAGAAGCAUUCGAUGACGAACGCGAAGGUCGACUGGUGCACAGCCUUCUAUUUCCCCUUCCUCGAGAAGUGGGCACACCUUGCCCACUCAAUGUCCAACUCUGACAAGAUGAUCUUCGCUGAAGCCAUUCCGAAUGGACCGAAACAGUUUUGUCCAACUUCGUGGACGCCGGAGCAUCGGCCGAGGAAUAUGGUGUGUGAACCGCACUGGUAUGACUUGAACGCGCUGUUUACCAAAGGAUUCGGCGAUUUUUCCGUGGAUGUCCAAGGAUUGUCUCGGGGAGCGUGGGAUAAGUAUGCGCUGCACACACGAAAUAUCGCUGAAGAAGUCUACCGCUCGUUGGGCGAGAAGCCGGUGGUCAUCGGAGAGUGCGGCGUACCCAUGGACAUGAACGGUGAGGAAGCGUUCAAGUCAGAGGGCUUCACCUGGCAGCUGCGGAUGUUCGACGCGAUGUCUUCAGAAUCUGGAAUUACAAGCCGAACAGCGACGAUCGGAAGGGCGACGAUUGGAACGGCGAGAAUUUUUCACGGUUCAGCCAACGGCGCGCCUUCCCUUCUCGACUGUGACCGGAGCUCGCCAACCCUCGACAACGGCGCGCGCAUCCUGCGCAGCGUCGUCCGCCCGUACCCAUCCAAGGCCGCCGGCAUACCUCUGCGGUUCGAAUACGAGGUCAACACGGGCGAAUUCACCUUCGAGUGGGCCGUCCCUGGGCCGUCCAACGCGCCAUCCGAGCAGCCUGCGGUCCGCCCCUCGGUGCACCGCCCGCCUCUCGCGGGCCACCCGCCGCUGACGUCGCACGUGACGGAGAUCUUCGUGCCAUCGUUCCUCGCGCUCGGCGGUGCGGUCGUCAUGCAGGGCCUCGCGGAGGGCGGGAGUUACGAGUACGACGAGGCGCGCCAGACGCUGUACGUCCGCGCGCCAGCCGACGCCGCGUCCGGGACCGUGCACCGCAUCCGCGUCGUGCUCGCACCGCGCCUCAAGGCCGUGUUCCUCGUCAACGACUUCUGGAGCGACUGGGGGAGCACGGUCGCCGCCGUCGCCGCCGCCGUGCUCGCCCUGUGGGCGUGA